AUGGAUAUCUGUAAACACAAUCGAACCAAGAGUGAAUGUAAUACCUGUAAGAGAUAUUGUAUUCACAACAGAGUAAGAAGCAUAUGUAAGGAGUGUGGUGGUGGCUCUAUAUGUCAGCACAACAUAAGAAAAAGUCUAUGCAAGGAGUGUGGUGGUAGCGCUAUAUGUCAGCACAACAUAACACGAAGUCAAUGCAAGGAGUGUGGUGGUGGCUCUAUAUGCAAGCACAACAAAAGAAGAAGUCGAUGCAAGGAGUGUGGAGGUGGCUCUAUAUGCAAGCACAACAGAAGAAGAAGUCGAUGCAAGGAGUGUGGAGAUGGCGAAACAAGAUAUAUAUGUCCGCACAAUAAAAGAAAGCAUCAAUGCAAGGAGUGUGGAGCUGGCUCUAUAUGCCCACACAAUAGACUAAGAAGCACAUGCAAGGAGUGUGGAGGUGGCUCCAUAUGUCAGCACAACAGGCGAAAGAGUCAAUGCAAGGAGUGUGGUGGUGGUGGCUCUAUAUGUCAGCAUAAGAGACAAAGGAGCCUAUGCAAGGAGUGUGGAGGUGGCUCUAUAUGUCAGCAUAAUAGAAUAAAGAACCGAUGCAAGGAGUGUGGAGGUGGUUCAAUAUGUCCACAUGAUAGAAUAAAGAGCCAAUGUAAGGAGUGUGGAGGAAGUUCAAUAUGUCAGCACAAUAGAGUGAGAAGUGUAUGCAAGGAAUGUGGAGGUGGCUCAAUAUGUCAUCACAAUAGACAAAGGCGCCAAUGCAAGGAGUGUAAAGGCAGAUCCAUACGUGAGCAUAACAUAUUUAGAAGCUAUUGCAAGGACUGUGGAGGUAGUUCUAUAUGUGAGCAUAAUACAACAAUACAGUGUAAAGGGGGCUCUAUUUGCAUCCACAACAACAAAAGGCAUGAUUGCAAGGACUGCAAGGUUGAAGAUGAACAAUGCAGCCACAAGAGAAGAAGGCUAGAGUGUGAAGAGCGCAUAAGAGAUUUGUAG